AUGGCCUCGUACCAUACCCAAGCCCAAUCUCGCUCCUCUCAACCAGCCCAUCCUCCUCGCCAAGGGGCGUCUUUCAAUCCAUCCAUCUCAAUGGGUUCCUCCGCGCCAGCUGGCACCUUCGUGCCAGGCACCAAGGUGCAGGUAGGCAGCCACCGUGUCGUUAUCGAAAAGUACUUAUCUGAGGGUGGAUUCGCACAUGUAUAUGUUGUUCGACUUCCACAGCCCAUCGAUGGCGCAGAAACUGCCGUGCUCAAGAGAGUGGCGGUUCCGGACAAGACAGCGCUGGCUGGUAUGCGGACUGAGGUCGAAACGAUGAAAAAGCUGAAGGGUCACAAACGCAUCGUCAAGUACAUGGACUCCCAUGCUUCCCAGCUUAAAGGGGGAGGCUAUGAGGUCUUUCUGCUUAUGGAGAAUUGCCAGGGCGGUGGUCUGAUCGAUUUCAUGAACACCCGAUUGCAGCAUCGGCUGACCGAGCCGGAAAUCAUCAAGAUUUUCUCAGAUGUCGCAGAAGGGGUUGCCUGCAUGCAUUAUUUGAAGCCACCACUUCUACACAGAGACUUGAAAGUUGAGAACGUCCUGAUAUCGUUGUCUGGGAAAACCCCAGUCUACAAGCUGUGUGACUUUGGCUCCACUGCACCUCCACGACCUGCAGCCACGUCGGCUGCAGAGGGCCGUCUCAUUGAGGACGAUAUUCAAAGACAUACUACAAUGCAAUACCGAAGUCCUGAAAUGAUCGAUGUCUAUCGAAAGCAGCCCAUUGACGAGAAAAGCGAUAUAUGGGCAUUGGGUGUUUUACUUUACAAGCUCUGUUACUACACAACACCAUUCGAAGAAGUCGGUCAAAUGGCUAUUCUCAAUGCCAGUUAUAAAUUUCCUCCAUAUCCUGCAUUUUCUGAUCGACUAAAGAGGCUUAUAGCUUCGAUGCUUCAAGAAAAUCCCAAAAGACGACCCACGAUUUAUGAGGCUCUUAAAGAAUCUUGUAGCAUGCAAGGGAAAGAGACCCCAAUCCGUGAUAUAUACGCGCAGCGAACGCAAUCGGAAACUCGUCGCAACCAGGAGCUUCCUCCUUCCUCAUCUGAGACCCCAAGAGUGGGCGCCGUCUUUUCGCCUCCCAUGCAAGAGACUCCUAUUAUACCUGAUAUCGCACCUAUGCGCCGAGGCCGUCCAUCAAAGGCUACAUCUCAACAAAACUCGGCACGACCCAGUCCUUCACCAUAUCGCCCAUCCUCCAAUGACCCAUUUGCUGCGUUAGAUAGUGGGAAAAAGAAGAGCGAAAGUGCUGACGAAAUAUCCUCUCGGUUUCCAACUCUCGAUCAAUUUUCGUUGUUGCAUGAGAAAGCCGGGAAAUUUGACUUCGAACCUACAGUUAGCGAAUCCAAGCCCGAAUCGGAUGAUUUAUCUCAACGAAUCACAAAUGCACUUGCAGAUGAUGCAUUUGUAAAACCAGUCUCUCCUGCAUUGUUGCCGAAGAACGAAGGUACUGGAGAUCAUCGUGCGCGCUCUGUAUCUGCAGACAAGAAACAGAAGGAGUCACCAAGUCUAAGGGGUGAUCCGGAACGGAGCCAAACUCAAUUGCAAGAUUCUGCAUCUGGACGACCUCAAAUGGUAUCUCAAGGUACUAUGACUGAACAAUCACCGUCCCCAGACGUAGAAAGUCGGUCUUCUUCCAACCGCCUAAUCUAUCGAUUUCCACCACAAUCGCAUGAACGGCGGCCGUCCGGCCAGCGGUGGUCUGCUGAGAGGAAUAUCUCGUCGUCGGGACCGGGUAGCAUUCCUUCCCAAACAACCACUAUUGACAGGCUAGAACCUAAGCCCAAGCCAUCUUCUGAAAAGACUUCUCAACUAUCAACCUCUACUCGACCCUCGAUGGAAAUUUCCCGGCCUUCGUUACGCGAUCUCGAUGAUGCGUAUAUCCGUCCCAGAUCGGCCAAUUCCCGUUCUCGGCCUUCUAGUGUUCACAUGGGUGGUAAAUUUGAUCCUACCAGAGAUCAAAUCCCUCCAAAUUCUGUACAGGAUCAGUAUGAAGAUGGAGAGCCUCUCAGGCACUCUCGAACUGACGGGGAUUGGAAUACUGACCGUGCAAAUAUCACCUCUGAUGUUGACUAUCUCCGCGUGCGUGAGGAGGAAGAGCUUGCCCGUAAAAAGGAGAAGCGGCUUAGUAGCGGCUCGAGGCAUUCUAAACGCUCCAGCCUGACUUCUUUGGCUGUUUCCGGAAGAGGCCUACUCUCUGGCCGCUUUGGGGAGGCUUUUCGUCGGUUUGAACAGAAUACUUCUGAUAACAAGAGCAGAACCCCGUCUCCAAAAGAGGUAGACACGCGUCUAACUCCUAUCGCCGGCUCUGAAGCGACAGACCGAAGUGACGACGGUAUUCUGGAUGCCGAUCCUACAGAUAUCUCCCCUGAAAUGAGACGCGAACUAGAAAGACGUAGGCUUUCGCAAGAAGAAAAACGUGUAGCGAAUGCUGCAGCUGAAUAUCGACUUCGUGUAGCUGGCCGAGGUGCUGGUGGUAGAGAUGGCGCUAAAGCUCCAGCUAUCCAAAAUAAAAUGCAGUCACUCCUCCAGGACAACAGCAAAUCAGCACCAAAGACCGCGUCCGGUUAUGGGAAAUAUACCGAACCGGAAUCUGGCGAGACUACACAGUCGUCAGAACUAGUGGACAGAGAAUAUGCGCCAAGCUUGCCUACGCGACCUAAACCUCCUCCUAAAGAUAACAUCAAAGUGGUCACCGGUACACAGGGUGGAUAUGUACAACCUCAAACCACCAACGAAGGAACCCCGACUUCUCAGCGUGGCACCCAACACCGGCCAAUGGCACCUCCAAAGCCCAAGAAACUCCGGACAGGCGCAACCGGCAAUACGCCAAUUUCUGAACGAGCACCUGGGAUACCUGGAGAUCCGACAACUCCCGCAGGCGAGGACUGGGAAGCUAACUUCAGUCGACGGUACCCAAGUCUCUCGGGUCUAGAACUCGUUGAAACGGAAAUUGACGUGCCGAAACUGUCAUCCAUUCGGACCCGAGAAGUAUAG